CAAAACAAAACAAAUAUGGAGUACUACAGAGGUUUCGUCAUUCGUAAUUCCACGUCAGAAUAAGAAUUUACAGCGAUUUGUUCGAUAAUCAUAAAUACUUUUGUACACUUUAGAUAGAUCUUAAGUUGUUUUAUUAUAUUACUGUGAGAUGACCAUAUUUAGAGUUAGAAAAACAUGAAGUAUCGAGGAAUUAGUGUUGCUCUUAUAGUGGUUUUUCUAAGCGUGAUAAUUCACAAUGCAUCGUCUAGUAAGACGAAGAAUUCUUUAACAGUAAAAGAUCCUUUACUCUUUGUGUCUACACUUGGAGGUUCUAUGUAUGCUGUAAAUCAGAGAACAGGGAGCAUACAAUGGAAAUUAAAUGAAGAACCAGUGUUAAAAUUACCGGAAGAUUUAGAAGAAGGCCCAACUUUCCUUCCAAAUCCUGUAGAUGGAAGUCUCUACGCUUUUAAUGAUAAAACAGAUGAUCUCAGAAAGAUGCCUUUCACAAUUCCCGAAUUAGUAAUGACGAGUCCAUGCAGAAGUACAGAUGGUAUAUUAUAUACAGGGUAUAAAAAAGAUUCCUGGUUUGCUAUUGACCCAGCAACUGGAACAAAAUUACAAACUUUAGCCAUGCAAGCUACAGAACAAAUUUGUCCCUCAAGCAGUUCGAGUACAUUUUAUAUUGGAAGGUCAGAAUAUACAAUAACAAUGUUCAAUGGAAACUCUCGAACUAGGCUAUGGAACGCAACUUUUAUGGACUAUUCGGCCCAUGCCAAAGCAGAUAUAAGCGAUUAUUCUUUUCGCCAUUUCGCUUCGAGUUCUACUGGACGCUUAGUCACAAUGGACCAGGCAACUGGACAAGUAAUGUGGUCUCAAACUUUUAGCGAUCCUGUAAUAGGUACUUAUAUACUUGGUCCAGACUCAAUUGGUCUUGUGAGGGUACCUGUUGCCACAGUUGCCUUACAAACUUUAGAACAUAUAUCCGACAAGAUGGCAUCCGAUAAAUGGAAAGAACGUUUCCUGGAAGCAAAAUUGGGAGCUUCACUAUAUGUAGGAGAAUUUAAAAAAGGAUUAUACGCUUUGCCAACUAUGAUAGAUGAAAACAUUCAAUUAAUAACUAUAGAAAAUAGUGGCAUGCUAAUGAUUGAAGGUCCCGAUCUACCAAAACCUCCAAAUCACAAACCAAAGCCUGGUCAAUAUUCUACCUCCAAAAGAGCAUCAACAAGACGAAGAGGAGGUAGUGGUUUACUACUAGGCUAUUAUGAAACUCCAGAACUGUCCAAGUCAACAUUACCUCCAAGAAAGAUGAUUGAUAGCGAAAGUCAAGUUAUAUCUGAUAAACCUUCAAAUACUACUGAACCCAAAGUUGAAAAACCUGAAGAAAAUAAGCAUAUAAAUCAUUCCAAUUUGCCUAUAUGGAUAGCCAUUGUCUUGGGCCUUGUGAUCUUAAUACUAAUCCUGUUUUUAGGAUAUCUUAUUCCAAGGAAAACAGAGGAAUCACUGAAAAUAAUGCUGCAAAAGCAAUUAGAAAGCCAGAAAAAACUUCAGGAGCAACAGCAGCAACAAUUACAGCAACAGCAAACUCAAACCUCUUUCGGUAAUCCGAAUGGUAAUAAGAAAGAUAUGUUGUCAGAUGAUGUUCCAGAAGGCUUUACAGCUGUUGGCAAAAUUAUGUUUGACACUAAAAAAGUUUUGGGACAUGGUUGCGAGGGUACAAUUGUCUAUAGAGGGCGCUUUGAUAAUAGAGAUGUUGCGGUUAAACGUCUUUUACCCGAGUGUUUUACCUUUGCCGAUCGUGAAGUGGAUUUACUUCGUGAAUCAGAUUUACAUGCAAACGUUAUUAGAUACUUUUGUAUGGAGCAAGAUCAUCAAUUUCGGUAUAUAGCUUUGGAAUUAUGUAGAGCAACUCUUAAGGAAUAUGUAGAAAAUAAAAUAAAGAAAACAAGGUUAUUACCACCAAAAGACAUUCUCGAACAGGCUACUCUUGGUCUAGCUCAUCUUCAUUCCCUUGAUAUCGUUCACCGUGAUAUUAAACCUCAAAACGUUCUUCUAACUAUGCCUGAUAGUAAAGGAAGAUGUCGAGCAGUCAUUUCAGACUUUGGCUUAUGCAAAAAACUUGGACCUGGUCGUGUUUCAUUUUCAAAACGAUCGGGAAUAGCUGGCACUGAAGGAUGGAUUGCUCCGGAAAUGUUGGAAUGUUCAGCAAAAACGACACAGAAAGUUGACAUAUUUAGUCUUGGUUGUGUUUAUUAUUACGUUUUAACUAACGGUCGUCAUCCUUUUGGUGACAGUUUAAAAAGGCAGUCAAAUAUUAUGAGCGGUCAUUAUAAAUUAGAUAAAAUGGUUGGAGACUCGGCAAAUGAAAACGUCUUAGCAACAGAUAUAAUCAGCCAAAUGAUAUCUAGGGAUGAGAAAAAGAGGCCUAGCUCUGCAGCCGUCCUGAAACAUCCAAUAUUUUGGAGUAAAAAAACCCAACUAGACUUUUUCCAGGAUGUUAGUGACCGCAUUGAAAAAGAAUCAGUGCAUAAUAUAGUUGUUUUAAUAUUAGAAGACAAUUGCCAAAAAGUAGUAAAAGACGAUUGGAAACAGCAUUUAACUGCUGACCUUCAGCAAGAUUUGCGAAAGUUUAGAACGUAUCAAGGUAAAUCUAUAAGGGAUUUAUUAAGAGCAAUGAGGAAUAAGAAGCACCAUUAUCGAGAGUUGCCCGAAAACCUUAGAAAAUCGUUAGGAGACGUUCCUGAUGGCUAUGUAACGUACUUUACAUCUAGAUUUCCAAGAUUACUUUUACAUACUUAUAAUGUAAGCAUUGUUGUCUUUUUUUAUUAUAACCUUCUGCAAGAAGACAGAGCGAGAGAGAGAAGGAAAUUGAUAGACACAGAGAAAGAAUGAUGCUUAUAGUCUUUUAAUAUUUUUUUUAUUUUGUAUUUAUAUAGGCAAUGGCUUGUUGUGGACACGAGACAACACUUUCUCACUAUUACGAUCAAGAAAGAAUUUCCGAUAAGAUAAUACAUGUUGAUGAAAAGAUCAAAGAACAGUGAUUAACUUCUAGCAAAAUUAAAAAGACUGCUGCUUGAUGAUAAGUGCUCUACUUUUUUCAUGUAAACUAAUAUGUUUUGUGCUAAGUAUCUUCUUAGCAUAUCGACAAAUAUUUUAAUUGUACAUACCAAAAAUUGUUUAUUUUACAUUGAUCUAUUUAUACAUGAAAUAUAUUUUGAUUGUUACGUGAAGCUGUUAGCUCAUUCUUUCAAAUAUUUAAAUUAUAUGCAAAUAUAUGCAAAUUUAUUGAUAAAAUUUUUUUUUAAAGUUCAUUAUGUAAAAUGAUUUAUUGCAUACUAAAUACUGUAUUUUUAUACAUAAUUUCUUAUAUGCUUAUAUAUAUUUAUAUCGAUUAGUGUUCAAAACUUGAAAAAAGAAAAAUUACACUUUUUGUAUGUUCUUUAAAAACCAUGCAAAUAGCAUAUUUCUUUAGAAAAAAGCACAGCAAUAAAGAGAAAUAUAAACACGGAAUGUAUAUUUAAAAAUAUAUAUAUAUAUAUAUAUAU